AUGCUGGAAACCUACAGGAACCUCAUUGCUAUAGGCUACUAUGGGGAAGAACAUAAUAUUGAAGAGCAUCAUCAAAGUACUAGAAGAUAUGGAAGGCAUGAAAGAAGUCAUGCUGGAGAGAAACCCUGUGAAUAUACACAAUGUGAUAAAGCUUUUACAUAUCACACUCAUCUUCAAAUGCAUGAAAGAAUUCAAACUCAAGAGAAAUUCUCUGAAGGCUUUCAACAUAGUGAAGCCCUUGCAUCCUUUUUAAAACCCAGUUAUCUUCGACUACAUGAAAGAACACAUACUGAAGAGAAACCCUAUGAAUGUAAUCAAUGUGAUAAAGCCUUUGCACAUCACUCUACUUUGAGUUUCCAUAAAAGAACGCAUACUGGAGAGAAACCCUACAAAUGUAAUCAAUGUGAUAAAGCCUAUUCACAACCAAAUACUCUCCGAAUACAUAAAAUAACACAUACUGGAGAGAAACCUUAUAAAUGUAAUCAGUGUGGUAAAUCAUUUGUAUCUCAAAGUCAUCUUCAAACUCAUGAAAGAAUUCAUACUGGAGAGAAACCUUACAAAUGUAAUCAAUGUGAUAAAGCCUUUUCACGACCUAGAUAUCUUCAAAGACAUGAAAGAGCACAUACUGGGAAGAAACCCUAUGAAUGUAAUCAAUGUGGUAAAGCCUUUGUAUAUCACUCAACUUUGCAUUUGCAUAAAAGAACACACACUGGAGAGAAACCAUAUGAAUGUAAUCAAUGUGGUAAAGCCUUUGCACAAAACAGUCAUCUUCAAAUACAUAAAGUAAUACAUACUGGAGAGAAACUCUACAAAUGUAAUCAGUGUGAUAAAGCAUUUUCACAACGGAGUCAUCUCCAAAUACAUAAAAGAACACAUACUGGAGAGAAACCUUACAAAUGUAAUCAAUGUGAUAAAGCCUAUGCACAACACAAUAGUCUCAUAAUACAUACAAGGACACAUACUGGAGAGAAACCCUAUGAAUGUAAGCAGUGUGGUAAAGCCUUAGCACAUUACAGUACUCUCCAAUAUCAUAAAAAGAUUCAUAGUGAAGAAACCCUAUGA